AUGAGCGGUGAGCGCAAGCGAAAGCAUGACGGCCUGGUCCCCGUCACUGUUCUUACUGGAUUCCUGGGCAGUGGAAAGACCACCUUGCUGAACCACAUCCUCUCAGACCAGACCCACGGUUUAAAGUUCGCCAUCAUUGAGAACGAGUUCGGAGAAGUGGGUGUGGAUGAUAAGAUCGUGAAGCAGCAAGAGAACGUUUCCGAGGAGGUCAUCGAGGUCAUGAAUGGCUGCAUCUGCUGCACAGUGCGCGGCGACCUUGUCGAAGCCUUGAAGCGCUUGCACAAGAAGGUGGAGCAGUUUGACGCAGUCAUCAUCGAGACCACCGGGCUGGCAGAUCCUGCGCCGGUAGCCCAAACGUUCUUCGUGGAUGACGUGAUCCAGGAGAUGUACAGGCUGGAUGGUAUCAUCACAGUGGUAGACGCCAAGCAUGUCAUGCAACACCUUGAUGAGAAGAAGCCGGAGGGCGUUGAGAAUGAAUCUGUGGAGCAGCUGGCGUUUGCAGAUCGCAUCUUGAUGAACAAAAUGGAUUUGGUGACCGAUCCCAUCGACCAGGAAAAGAUCGAGGCCCGCAUCAAGUCGAUCAAUAAGACCGCGCAGAUUCACAGGUGCCAGUACUCUAAGGUAGACCCCCAGCAACUUCUGCACCUGAACGCCUUCAGCCUCACCCGAGCACUGGAGAUUGACCCUGAGUUCCUCGAAACAGACGGAGAGCACCAACACGAUGACAGCGUGUCCAGCGCAGCGUUUCAGUUUGAGGGCGAGCUUGACGUUCACAGGUUGCAGAGAUGGAUCGGCAGCCUCAUUGGGGAUGUGGACCAGGCUGCCAACCUCUUCCGUUACAAGGGUGUGCUUGCAGUAAAGGGAGAGGAAAGAAAGUUCGUGUUCCAAGGAGUGCACAUGCUCUUCGCUGGCAGUUUUUCGGAUGAGCAUAGGUGGGAACCGAACGAGAAGCGAGAAUGUCGCUUUGUGUUCAUUGGCAGAGACAUUGACAAGGCAGUCCUGAAAGCUGGCUUCGAAAGUUGUAAGCACGUUGACAAGCUGCGGUUCAAGCUCGGUGACAUUGUCAAGGCUCGCACGGAUGAGGGUUGGCAAAUGGCUAAGGUCAUGGCUCUGUGGGAUGAGGGAAAUCCAUACCGCCUAGAGGUGCAAAAUGAAGAGAAGACGAGUAUCUGGGCACGCUUCGAUGACGAUUCGGCAGUUCGCGCAACAGCUGCAACUAGGUGA